AGAAGAAGCAGAAGAAGAAGCAGCUGCGAUCAGUUCGCAUCGUGAACGGAAUGCAGCGUAUUGCUGCUCGGACCAAGCGGAAACUCCUACAGCGCUACAGCGUUUCUGCACGGAUGUAAUUACUUGCUGCACCACCACCCUGCAGGAAGAACGUGUGUUUUGUUGUUGAGGUGGAAGAUGGCACCUUUGGGUCUGACCUGUCCGGACUGCAGCUCCCCAAACAUCGUUGAAGAUGAUCUGUAUUCGCAGCCUCAGUUGGUGUGUGAGGACUGCGGCUCUGUCGUGUCUGAAGGGGCUCUGACGUCCGACCGGGGAGAGGGCACGGAUGUUAGUUACAGGCUAACUACUGCUGUGUCCAAACAACCAUGUGUAAACCAGAUCAAAGGUCUGCAGCGCGUGAAAGCUAUAUGCCGAAUCCUCAGGCUCAACAGUGAAAUUGAGGAACUUGCAGAAACCUACUAUAAACAGGCAUAUGAGCACCGCAAUUUCAUCAACGUCAGCCUUCAGAAGAAAGAUGCCCUGGUUGGCUGCUGUGUGCUCGUAAGCUGCAGACUGCGCAACUGGCCCAUUACUAUGGGAACCGUCAGCUGCCUGCUGGAUACUGACCCGAUGCUGGUGGGAGUGAUCUAUCAGGAGAUGGUGAAAACUCUGAACAUCGAGCCCCACAGUCAGGCCUGCAUAGCUGACGUACUGGAGGCCCACUGUCAGGAAUACAAAAUUAGCUCUCCUCAUGUUCCUGAAGAACUGGCUGAGGACACCAAAGACAUCACAAAACGUGCUGUGGCCUUGGUGGAGCUUGCCGCAGAUUCCUGGAUUGUGACAGGCCGUAGACCUCUCCCCAUCAUGAUGGCAACCAUCUUCCUCGCCUGGCAGUCUUUGAAUCCCACAAAGCUCCGCCUCAAAUACACUUUGGAGAGAUUCUGUCAGUUAGCCAAGGUGACAAAGACCAAGCCUGCUUUGAAGAGAAUAACUGAAAUAAAGGAAAUGCUGUGUAAGUUGGGGCAGGAGAUUCCUUGGCUCAGGGGUGUCGUGACACCAGACAAUGCGAUUCAGCAGGUGGAGUAUAUUCUAAAGUACAGGUAUGCUCUGCUAAGGAGGGCUCUGAGGACUCAUGAGGAUGCCCUGAUGGAUGCGCAGCAGCCCAGUUGUAAGGACUUCCAACCUGGGAUUCAGUCAGAAGAGCCCAGCUCAAAGGUGGCAGGACCCUCUCAAACAUCUUGGCCUGCAGAGCAGACUACAAACAAAUCCUUUGAGGAAGCAAGUGAGUCCAACACUGAGAAUAACCAGCAGCCAGGAGAUGAACAAGUUAACUUGUGCAGCACAGGUGCCCAGGUUAGCCAGGAUCUGGAACCAAACUGGGGUAAGAGGUUGCUGUUUGCUCCCCCUUGUGUGAAGCACCCUAAGAUCAGGAGGAUGGACAAGCCGGCGCUCAAGGAUGUAACGGGUGAAGAGGAGAUCUCAGACAGUGAAAUUGAUUCGUAUAUUCGCUCCCCUCAGGAAGUGAGAGCCUUUGCUCUGGCAAAGAUGAUGUUAUGUUCCUCAGACAAACACUGACAUGGAGGUUAAACCCUGCUAUGGCUUGAUUUUUGGUCAUUUUCCAAGAAGAACUUUACUACUUUUACUACUACUUUGUUUUUGUGUCAUUAUAGACUAUUUUCAUUUGGACUUCAGUUCCACAUUCUUAUAAGAUUUCUAACAAAGAUGCAGUUUUUUUUUUUUUGUUAGAAUUCUGUCUUGAGAGAAACAACUUUUGAUCAGUGGCUGAUAUCUGCUCAGUAUUUUGCACUUGUAUUGAAAUAGUUGUAAAUCCUAGAAAUGAUGGGCUCACACUGGCAUUAAAUAAGGUAAAGAACCCACCUCCCUCUUAAAAAGAAAAAUAUUGACAGCAUCUGACACAAUGUUUGAUCAGCAAAUCAAAUUUAAUAAAUGUGAAGAUAAAGAACCAGUUUGACAGAACUGUCUGCCACUCAGUA